UGUGUUACAGCACAGCUUUGUACAGCAGGCUGUAAUCAUAAUAAUAACAAUAGUGCUGUGAUGUUAGAAAUAGGGCAGGACACUCUCAGCACCAGGAGAGGGCGAUGGAGAAAUGAGCAGUGAUGUGUGGGGUAAACAGUGCCUCUGCCUUGUCUCUGACCGCCUUGUUCUGCUCUGUGGAGUCUGAUUAUAUAUAACUUAAGUGUGUCGGAUGACUGAGUUGGAUACAGAGAGAGCUGCACCUGCUCGCGCCCGUCACACUGUUGCAGCACGCGCAGCUCGAGAUCCCGCUGUUACAGCGCCUGCGGUCUAUUUAGACCUUAUCCACUGGUUUUAACCGCUAAUUCAGAGAGAGAUGACAUCCCAGAAACAUAAACAAGGACUCGCUGAAAUCAGAGCGCUGGAGAAUAUUCUGGACGGAUGCAAACUUGAGCUCAGCGCCGUCGAUGAAGUCUGGCCGAACUUGUACAUCGGCAAUGUAGCUUUCGCUCAAAACAGAAGUGCUUUAAAGAAGCUGGGCAUCACCCACAUCCUGAACGCAGCCCAUGCCAAACAGGGCAGUAUAGGAGACGAGAGUUAUUACGGUACUGAGUUUGUUUAUCACGGUAUACCAGCGGAAGACUCAGGCAAGUUUGACAUCAGCGUGCACUUCCGGUCAGCGUCUGACUUUAUUCACAAAGCCCUCAAGAAGAAAAACGGAAAAGUGCUUGUGCAUUGCAUUAUGGGAAUGAGCCGCUCGUCUACUUUAGUCUUGUCCUACUUAAUGUUACAUCAGCGUCUCACUCUCCGUGCUGCCAUCCAACAAGUCAUCCAGAGGAGACCGAUUUACCCUAACAGGAACUUUCUGGGCCUCCUGCUUGAGCUUGACACACAGCUGCAGAGAAAACGAACGAUGUGUCCAAUUCUCUGACAGCACAACACUGUCACAAACUUUACAAUGUGUGUUGUGACAAAGACUAUUCUUUUAAAAUUGUUUUUUAGUAAAAUAAAUAAAAAAUAAAUAAUAAUUCCUACACUAUGUACAAAUAGGAUUAUUGCAAUUUUUAAAUAUCUAAAUGAAAAUCCAUGUGGAUAUGCGCAUAUACUUGUAUGUGUACAUGUGUACUUACAUACAUAUAUGUGCAGUACAUGUUUUAUAUAUUUCUCAUCUCCUUGCAUGUGAAUCUAAAAAAAACAAACAGGCUGGAUAUUUCAGUACAUGACAACACAGCCAUGACCACUGACCAGGUCUUAUUCUUAACAGCAGUUAUAUUUAUAGCAGAACAGAUGUAAUGGCGUAAUGACCUGUGUGUCCCUGUAAUUCCUGGAUCAUGAUCCUCUCUGCCAUCUAAUCUUCAAACCCACCAAUAGAAAUAAUCAAUUUGAAAAAAAAAGUGAAAAGAAGAGUGCCUUCAGGCUGGCUGGCAACGGUCUGGGAUGUUAAGACUAUAGCUCCCCUGUUUAAGCGCCAACUGUGGAAUUGUGCAUUCUGCUUCCUGAUGAGGAGAUGUUCGAACCAUCUUCAGUAACUGCUUUUAUCCUGGUCUGAGAUGGAUCUGGAGUCUAUCCUGGGAACAGUGGGCAUGAGGACAUGAUGCAGGAAUACACUCCAUAUAGGAGGCCAGUCCACCACAGAGUCACACACACAUAUUCACAAAUAGGGGCAAUUUAGAAACACUCACUGAAAAAUUCACUUUAUUGGCAUGUUUUUUGGAGAAACCCAGAAGAAACAUACAUGGACAUAGGGAGAACAUGCAUAGAAACUUUAAACCAAGCUCAGGAUCAAACUGAGGACCCUGGAGCUGUGAGGAGAAGAUAAGGCUGAUCAGUGUGUUACCAAGAUGUCCUUAUUCGAGAGAGGUGGAUUUUAUUCAAGCAUGUACAAUGGACACUAAAUUAUUAGCGACAGGCUGUGGUGGUAAAGCAUGACAAAAUAAAGUCAUUAUAUACAUUAUACAUCAUCAUGCACAUCGUUAAGGACAUAUACAUUGUGGUUGUGUAAUUAUCCUCAAUUUAUUUAUUUGCCAUUACUCGGAUCAUUAGGGAUUCUAAAACAGCGGUAUUCAAUCUUCUCUGCAAAGAGCCGUCGUGGCUCCAAGCUUUCAUUCGAACCAAAUGGGAUUCUCAAAAUAGUCAUUUGAGGACCAAGCUCAACUGAUUAAAUGGGUGGAACCAGGAGUGUUUCUGCUUUUCUGAAAGGAAACCUUGAGCCACACCGUCCGUUUGCAGAGAAAUCUGAAGAUCCAUUCUCUAUAGACUUGUACAUGAAAUGCAGAUAAGGAUCGAUUAUUGUUGUACUUUAUAUUAUAAUCAUGUAAUUGAUUUGAAAUAUUUUAUAUAUACUUUGUCAAUGAACUACAUUCUUGAAACGAUGUGUUUAGGGUUAAUUGAUGUGAUUUCAUCUAUUUCAGUGAAUUCAGUUAACAGUCGUAUUUUGAGGUGGGGUGUAUGCAAUUUUGAAAAACAACUGUGAACCCAUUUCUAAGAUCAAUAUUUUGAACUGAUAUGUGAUGGAUGAAUGAAUUAAAUGUUGAUUAAUACUCUUAAAGAGUAACAGUUUAAAAAUGUCAUUGAGUUGUUAGAUGUAACAGAACUUUCUAACAGAAUAAUGACUGUUUCCAAAGGAGGACAAAUUGCUACUAUUGUACAAACCAAGCGAAUAAAGGUUGUUUACACAGUC